AUGAUGGGUCUGAUGGCAACCCAGGAAAAGCCACACAGCUCAGCCUACUGGAGGAAGAGCAGCAGCAGAACUCGUGUGGAGCCCGACAGAGCCCAGGACAUAGCUCAGGAACCAAGAGGUCCUUCAAGAUCAAACCCAGCUCACCAGCAGCGGGGACCAUCCAUCGCGCCUCCACACCCAGCCAUUGGGACGACUAGACUAUUCCGUCUCUGCCGCUGCUCUCCUGCUGCUUAUUUAAGUGCCUGUGGCUUCAUGGCCUCCAAUAUCCGCCAAAGCCAAGACCUGACUCUCUCCAGCGCACAGGCAUCCCGACAAGAGAAAGCAAGGAUGGGGGGACCAAGAAGACACCAAGAGGUGUCUGAACCCGCAGAAAGGGCUUUAGAACGCAAUGCUGUGCACAUGGCCAACCACUGCUUCUUAAUGGGAUUAACCGGACUAGCCAGUGCCUAA